UAACUAAUUUAAUUAAAAUGAAUUUUUAAAAACUAUUUACACUUAAACAAAUAAAUAUUAGGCCAGUCCUCGCUGACCAGUGAAUACGCUGAGGUCCGACACUGUCCUGCAGGAGACACAGACACAGAGAACAACACCUCAACAUUUGAGACAGAGCCCAAAAAAACACACAUGACAGCAAAGAUCACAGACACGUCCUCACCGGCAUCAGAAGACGUGAUUUAUGAAAACACGAGCCAUCGCUACAGACAGAAGGAAGAGCUGUUCUCCCUCCGUUCAGUGUAGAAGCGUCAGCUUGAGCUCUGUCUUCAACUCUCUUCUCUGGUGAAUGUAAAUGAUGGAAACAUUGGUGACGUUCCUCCUCACUGGAUCUCUGAUACAAGGUGUUUUGUGUGGCUUUAAUAUCAAUCUGCUGAAAAAAGUAGAAGCUCUGCAAGGAUCCUGUGUUUUCAUCCCCUGCACAUUUGAUAUUGAACAACAAUAUGAAUAUUACCUCACUGACAGUGCAAAGAGAAUGUGGUAUAAAGACAGAAACCUUCACGUUAUAGUGUUUAACUCCAGCAGCCCCAACACUGGACGGUUAAAAGGAGAAAUAUUUGGCACUGCUACACAGAAAAACUGCACCACACGCUUCGAUAAUGUUGAUCAGACUCAUAAUGGGUCAUAUUACUUCAGAAUCGAAACCAGUGGUAAAUUGAAACAUAGCUACAGAGGACCUACAUACUCUGAAGUUGAAAUUGUCGUCUUAGGAUCUCCACCCAAACCUACACUGAGCAUCUUUCCGGAUCAGGAGGAGAUGAUUGAGGGAAGUUCAGUGAGUCUGCGCUGCUCUACUAAGAUCUUCUGUCCGUCUCAUCCAUCAUCUCUCACAUGGAGCUCGUCUCUCAUCGAGAGCGUCACAGGACGACAGUUUCAGAGCCAAACUGAGCUCAUCUCUGAUCUGAACUUCACUGUUUCUUACCGUCAUCACAGAGUCACUUUCACCUGCACUGCAACACACCAGAUACAGCAGCAGAUCACAACACAAGAGUCUCGUCUGCUACACGUUCAGUAUGCUCCUAAAAACACGUUGGUGAGGAUAAAUCCAGCUGGUUUAGUUCUGGAGGGUCGUUCAGUGACUCUGAUCUGCAGCAGUGAUGCAAACCCAGCAGUGAACUACACCUGGUACAGAGACACUGAGAGACAUCUGAAUCCAGUUCAGACCGGACCAAACCUGGCCAUCAACAACCCCGACCCGACACACAGCGGACGAUACUACUGUACAGCUGAGAACAAACACGGCACACAGAACUCAUCAGUGCUGCUGGACGUCCAGUACGCUCCAAAAAACACAUUGUUGUCAGUGUUUCCCUCCAGCUCAGUGAUAGAGGGCAAUCCAGUGACUGUGAUCUGCAGCAGUGAUGCAAACCCAGCAGUGAAGUACACCUGGUACAGAGACACUGAGAGACCUCUGAAUCCAGUUCAGACCGGACCAAACCUGGCCAUCAACAACACCGACCCGACACACAGCGGACGAUACUACUGUACAGCUGAGAACAAACACGGCACACAGAACUCAUCAGUGCUGCUGGACGUCCAGUAUGCUCCAAAAAACACAGCAUUGUCAGCGUUUCCCUCCAGCUCAGUGAUGAGGGGCAAACCAGUGACUCUGAUCUGCAGCAGUGAUGCAAACCCAGCAGUGAACUACACCUGGUACAGAGAGACAGGGUCUCAGUUUGAGUUCCUCCAGACUGGAUAUAAUCACACCUACAUUGUGACAAACCCUACACACGGAGCAUGGUAUGGCUGUAAAGCUCAAAACCAGCAUGGCCUCUGCAAUGCUACAAUUCAGCUGGAUAUUCAGUUUGCACCCAAUAUCUCCAUCUCUUGCAGUCGAAGCAGUGUAACGGAGUGUGUGUGUGAGGCUCAUGGGAAUCCCUGUCCUACACUAGAGUGGCGUCUGUCUGGACGUGUGAUCACUAACUCUACAGAAACCUCCAUCAGUGAGGAGACGUUAGGAAGCACAGGAGUGAAGAGCGUCCUGAACAUCCAUCAGUCCCUCACAGACACGGACGUCCUGCAGUGUUUCAGCACAAACGAACAUGGCAGCACCAGCCAACAGUUUCAGUUCGUCCCACUGCCACAAGACACACGUUUCCAUCAUCCGUCGGUGCUGCUCGGAGCUGCUGUCGGAGCCUCAGUGAUGAUGAUCGCUUGCUUCGUGAUGCUCUGCCAUAAACGAAGAAGGAAAGAAAAAUCUUCAGAAACCACACAAGAUGAGACAUCUGGAUUCAUUCUGACUCAAACAGCCGUUUCUCUGGAUAAUGACAGUGAGUCUGUUUACGCCAAUAAAGGCAUGCUGUCAUCCACCCCACCGAGUGCACCUGAAUCUCUUCUUUAUUCCUCCAUCGACUUCACAAAUGCUGACCCGCUGUCAGGAGAGAUCAUGGGCCUUGCCUCGCUGACCAGUGAAUACGCUGCAAUCCGACGGCGUCCUGCAGGAGCCACAGACACAGAGAACAACGCCUCAACAUCUGAGACAGAGCCCAAAAAAACACACAUGACAGCAAAGAUCACAGACACAUCCUCACCGGCAUCAGAAGACGUGAUUUAUGAAAACACAAACCAUCGCUACAGACAGAAGUGCUAAGAUUAAUCUUUGAGAAUCUAGAGAAGUCUAUAAAAAAAGGGGUCAAAAGUUCAUUCAUGCAUUUUUCUUACCAGAUCAGCAAUGGAAAAUGUACUUGACCUCAGAGUGUUGUUUGUGUCACACAUUUAUUUUGUGAACACUGUCAGCUUCUUCUGGUGUCACACUUUAACACACAAACCCAGAAGGAGCUGCAUAAUUUAUUUUUACAAUUGUAUUUUAUUAUACAGCAAUGUAUUUUAUUUCCUAUUCAAAAU